GCUAGCAAGUGUGAAUCCCCAUCCAUAAAACCGAAAAACAAACUAAAACAAAAAGUUAUUUCAUAUUAUUCAAACAAUUAUUAAAAUUAACCCAAGCAAAGAAAACCCGAAUAAAGCAACAAUAGAAGCAAAACCUACCUAAUGUACCAAUUAGUGGGCCGAUUUGACCAAAAUGGCGGUACAACAACAACAGCAACAACAACAGCAGCAACAGCAACAACAAAAUUCAACAUUCAUCGAUAAUAAUCCUGAGUCUUGUACGCCGCUUUUGAAUUUUCCUGAUAGCCCAAUACUGCCACCCAAAAAUCGUCAUCGUCAUCAUCAAAAUCAAGACAACACCCACCUCAAGAAGCCAAGUGCUAAUCUUUUGAUAGAUGCCAAGGUGACAGCACCCAACGCAUUCAUCGAUGCCCCACCGCCCACACAACGGGGCCAAAAUAAACACGGCAACAUGGCAAACGGAAAUGGAAAUGGAAUUGGAAAUGGCCAGCACAUGGUCACCAGUAGACGUCAUCGCCAUCGUUUCGUAUCCCUAUGCGGCGCUAAUAGCACCGUGGAACAGUGUGAUAAGGAGUUACCCAUUUGGCUGAACCAUAAUGAACUACGUUAUGUAUCGGGUGUAACCAACAAGACCACUUGUAAUGAUAUAAUAAAAGCGCUGAUAGAUGACGAGCAGUGCAACAACAAUAACAACAACAUCAACAUUAAGCCGGAUGGCGACCAUGGCUCAGGAGCAGCAUUGCGUGACUACAACGAUUUCGUUAUAACGGAACGUUGGCGUGGUAUCGAGCGCAGCUACGAUGGCAACAUGGCCAUUUUACCUGUUUGGCGCGCUUGGAGCCGUGUGCACAAUGAGUUGUGUCUGUCGCUCAAGCAACGUCAACAGCUCAAGGAAUCGUUGGCACCUCAGUAUGGGGAAUUAACUCCACCCGCCUCUAACGGAUUUUCAAUGCUCAAGUGGCUGAAAAGACUUUUGCACUUUGGCAGCAAAAAUAAGCACAAAACCUAUGCCAAAAAACCAUCAGCCAAAGUGGCCAACCAAAUCAGGGAAAACUGGUUGCCACCAAAAAGAAAAAAUGAAGUGCUCGACGAAGUGCUUCUGGUCAUACUUCCCGAUCAGCAUUACGAGAACUUCAACCGCAAUGUCAAGGCCCAGUUAAACAGCUGCGAGUUGAAGACAAAACAUCGAAAACACAACCGCGAUAAAAUAACCACCUCCGACAAAUUUGUCAGCAAUCAUUGCAUUAGACGGCGCCGCAGGGAUGCGCCGUUGCGCAAUAGCUUGCGCAACAAACUGGCUGCGCUGCACGCAGAGAUGAAUGUGAGAUACGAGAGAGAAUACAAUCUUACGCGCCAGCUAACCCACAAGUGCAGGCAGUUUAAACUGCAAAACGAGCGGUAUAGAUGUAGGGAAAUGGACCUUUCAGUGGGUCAGCUGCAGCAAAAUAUUGAAGCCUAUGCGGAGGAUAUUAUUAAAACGGAACACGAGCUUCUCGAGCUAAAAAACGAGAUAAAACAGGACAUUUCGCUGAUAAACAACCUUAAGCGAAUGACGUUGGGAGAGGAUAAGGAGACAGCUCAAGUUGCUCAAGUUGUUCCACAUGAAAUGCAGUUCGUUGACAAUAUUUACGAGUUUUGCGACAAUAAUGCAAGCAUGUUAGUCUAACUUUUUAUACCUUGUUAAGUUUUUACCAAUA